AGGGGUUCCGGGGGACAGGCAGUCGGGGGCUCCUGGUAGCCAGAGGUCCGCGAGUGGAGUGCUGUUUGCUCGGCGCUGGGGUCGCCGCGCGGCCGCCGGGAUCAUGGUCUUCUACUUCACCAGCAGCGGCGUUAAUUCAUCUGCUUACACUAUUUACAUGGGAAAGGAUAAAUAUGAAAAUGAAGAUCUAAUAAAGUAUGGCUGGCCCGAAGAUAUUUGGUUUCACGUGGACAAACUCUCUUCAGCACAUGUAUACCUUCGAUUACAUAAGGGAGAGAAGAUAGAAGACAUUCCAAAAGACGUGCUGAUGGACUGUGCUCACCUUGUGAAGGCCAAUAGUAUUCAAGGCUGCAAGAUGAACAACGUUAAUGUGGUAUAUACGCCGUGGUCUAACCUGAAGAAAACAGCUGACAUGGAUGUGGGGCAGAUAGGCUUUCACAGGCAAAAGGAUGUAAAAAUUGUGACAGUGGAGAAGAAAGUGAAUGAGAUCCUGAACCGAUUAGAAAAGACCAAAGUAGAGCGGUUCCCAGAUCUAGCAGCAGAGAAAGAAUGCAGAGACCGGGAAGAAAGGAAUGAGAAAAAAGCCCAGAUUCAAGAAAUGAAAAGGAAAGAAAAAGAAGAAAUGAAGAAAAAAAAGGAAAUGGAUGAACUUAGGAGCUAUUCAUCACUAAUGAAAGUAGAGAAUAUGUCUUCAAAUCAGGAUGGCAAUGAUUCAGAUGAAUUCAUGUGAAAGGAGAGGAGGACCUUUGAAAGAUGUGACUGUAGAGACAGCUGCAAACCUUUUGAUUUCAUAUAUUGUUCUGAAUGAUAAGAAACAACCAACCAAAAUUCUAUCUUCAUACUACACAGAUAUUCAUUUUGGAGUUUUUUUUUUUUUUUUUU